AUGCUUCGUGCCUCUGGAUAUACAGUUACAACUGCUAAGUUGGCCAAGGAGGCACUCCACAUCCUCCAAAACCAGGGCAAACAAGGUGAAAUUGAUCUUGUCCUUACCGAGUUGCACUUGCCUGACAUGGGCAAAUAUGAGCUUCUGGAGACGAUAAGGGAAAUAUCGUCAUUGCCAGUUGUGGUAUUAUCCUCUGACAGCAGUGUGAAUGUGAUGCUAGGCUGCCUAUUCAAAGGGGCUGCAUUUUUUGUUCCCAAACCUAUCAUUAUGCAAGACAUAAAAAACCUGUGGCAGUUCUCUUUUAUGACGAGACAAAUUAGCUCCAUGAAGAAGCUUGGAAGAAGAAUGAGCAACUGUUCCGAGAAGCCUAUCCAUGAAAAUAAUACCGGAGCCGUCGGCAAGAGAAAAGAGGUGGAAUGGACUGAAAGCAGCAGUUAUCAUAAAGAUGAUUACUAUAUGCCACAGCCAAAGAGGUCCAAGAUGAUCUGGACUCCAGAGCUACAUGCCAAGUUCCUUCGUGCCGUCGAUCUACUAGGAGUUGAUCAUGCCAGGCCAAAGAAGAUACUUGAAUACAUGAAAGUGCCAGAGCUGAACAAAGGCAAUAUCUCAAGCCAUUUACAGAAGCACCGUCUCUCUUUAAAGAGACAGCGAGAGGAACUCGAAAUGGCCGUGCUUCGUGCUAACAACAUUGCUUCGCCACAUUUCCGUAAACUGGAGGGAAGUUCCCCGGUGUCCUUGACAAGGAUAGCAGCAGCAGCAGCAGCAUGCAAAACAUCAGCAGUUCACGACAAUACAAGAACAACGCCCAUCUCGUCGGGAGGUCCCCUGGGCUCUCACUAUCUUACGGCUCAAGUGGCUCCAUCAACUCAGAUAAUAUCCCCUCGCCCUGGGUUCAAGGUUGUUUAUCUGGACUCAACGACGCCUGGGAACUCAUUGCACCCACAACAGCAGGCCCAACAACCUGCGGAAGACUUGGAACUGGAGCAAACAUUGUUAGCGUCAGUUCAAGAGUUCCUUCAAGACGACCAGCCUGUAAAUUUGAGUGAAAUAGGGGCUAAAUACUAG